AUGAUAACCAAAACGAACGACUCGGGGUACUUCCGCAUCCUGGGGGACGUGCGCAACUACCCCACGCAGCCGGCCUUCAGAAUUGAAGAUGUGUUCCCCUUCUGCGCCUGGAUCAGCUUCCAGUGGGAGCGCAACUUCAAGCCGUUCGGAUUCAUCGAGCUGGUGCACGGCAAGUACCUGGCGUGCCCCCUCAUCGUGGUGCUGUACCUCCUCAUGUGCAAGUACGGCCCGGCCAGCAUGAAGAACAGAAAAGAAUUUGAUCUGCGCCGAGUGGUCAUCGUGUGGAACGUCCUCCUCUCCCUCUUUAACCUAAUCGUCGUAGUGAAGCUAACCCCAGUGCUGCUCUACAUCAUCUGCAACUACACCUUUACGGGCUUGCUCAUCAUCCCACCCAUAUACACCUACGCCUUUGGCAUCCCCGGACUCUGGGUGUCUCUCUUUGUUCUAUCCAAAUUCGUCGAGCUAGCAGACACGCUGCUGUUAAUUUUAAGGAAGAAGAAGGUGACUCUCCUCCACUGGUUUCACCACUCAACCGUCUUGCUCUACACAUGGGACACCUACUACGCAGAAGUGCCCGCGGGAUUUACCUUCGUCUUCAUCAACGCGAUUGUGCACACGAUUAUGUAUUGCUACUAUGCAAUGGCAAGUGUUUAUAAGAAGCCUUUAUCUUGGAACAUCUGCGUCACCUUACUUCAAAUUCUACAGAUGCUCUUGGGGAUCCUCCUAACGGUCUACUGCCUCUCCAUCACCUACACCUACAGGUUCAGUAGCUACUGGGACCUCCGCUCCGUUAGGAAGCUCCAACACAAGUUUAGCUUCGAUUACGGCCACUACGUCUCCCGCACGAAUGUCUUUUACGCCGUGCUCAUGUACCUCUCCUAUUUGUUCCUCUUCGCCAAGUACUUCUACGGCCGCUACCUGUGUGCGCCGCCCGGCAAGCAGAAGCCGGCCUGA